CCAGUUCCAGUUAUAAAUGAUGCUCACUACUCGACGUACGUGAGGAAGACACAAGCCCACCACCAUUGCACUCGAAAGCUUCAGCUCAAGCUCAAGCUCCACACCAACAAUGGCGAGCAGCAGCUCACUGCUGGCCGUCCUGGGCACCCUGGCCCUGCUGCUCUCCCCAUCCGCCUCAGCCCUCUCGUCCACGCUGUCCCCGGACUUCCACGCGGAGACGUGCCCGCAGCUGGACGGCAUCGUGCGCGCGGCGGUGCAGGCCGCCCUCACGAGGGAAAUCGCCAUCGCCGCCGGCCUCGUCCGCAUCUACUUCCACGACUGCUUCCCGCAGGGCUGCGACGCCUCCAUCCUCCUCAACUCCACCUCCGCCCGCGAGACGGCGCUGGGCCCCAACCUCACCAUCCAGCCGCGCGCCAUGCAGCUCGUCGAGUCCAUCCGGUCCACGGCGCACGCCGCCUGCGGGCCCGUCGUCUCCUGCGCCGACAUCACCCUGCUCGCCACCCGCGCCGCCAUCGUCGCGUCCGGCGGGCCCACCUUCCCCGUGCCCCUCGGAAACCUCGACAGCCUUGCCCCGGCGUCACAGGACAAGGUGUUCGACCUCCCGUCGCCGGCCACCACCAGCGUCGCCGCUCUGGUGCAGUCCUUCGGCACCAGGGGCCUCGGCGACGUCGCCGACCUCGUGGCGCUCUCCGGAGCGCACACCAUUGGCCGGUCGCAGUGCGGCAGCUUCUCCGACCGGUCUCAGCGCGCCGACGACACCUUCUCCAGGAAGCUCGCCGCCAACUGCAGCAAGAACCCGGACCGGCUGCAGAACCUGGACGUGGUCACCCCGGACCUGUUCGACAACGGGUACUACAAGGCGCUGGGGUUCAACCAGGGCGUGUUCACCUCCGACAUGGCGCUGAUCAAGAACAAGACCACCGCACCCAUCGUGAAGCAGUUCGCCGCGAGCAAGGAGGCCUUCUUCGCGCAGUUCGCCAAGUCGAUGACCAAGCUCGCCAGCGUGCCCAAGCCGGCGGGCAACGUCGGGGAGAUCCGCCGCCUCAGCUGCUUUAGGACCAACGCCCAGACCGCCGUAGUCAUCGAGACUGCCGUGGACGCCGCCGGUGAGGAGGAUGAGGAGGGCGUCGCUGCUUCCGCAUGAUCGGUGUUUCCGGCAGUGCCCGCAGACCGUGCGUGACGUUAGCGUGUAGUGCACUGCUGUACUAGUGGUGUUCGUGUGUGGGUUUGUGUUGACUGUUUUUGUUGCGUUGGAGUAGUAAUAAUAAGACGACACGUGCGGACUCAUCGAUGUCAUCGAGAAAUGUUUGUAGAUUCUCAUGCCGGUCUCACUUUUGAAAUCUAGUAGCUCUUUAUUUUGUACGUA